AUGAGUACCGAGACCCGGAAGAAGUUCAUCAACUACCCUCUGCCGAUUCCUGGUAUGGAAUGCGUGUGGUUCGUGCGGUCAUAUAUCUGGGAAAACGCAGGCUUCGGAAGUAUUAGGAAGAUCCGCAAGCACAUCGAAGAUGCUGAGCCUCGUUACGACCCUACUGUUAUACCCGUGCCGACAGAAGAGGCCAAGGACCCGGCUGUCCUCCACCGCGAAAGUGCCGUGAAGUCGAAGCCGCACCCCUUCAAAUACUACUCCGUCAACGACUAUCAUGAGAUGUAUUUGUCAGGCGCAGUCACACCACUUGCCGUUGCCCGAGCCAUUUUGCCGUUGAUACGUCGCGACACAAACCCGCCGGGUGAGCACUCAAUCGCGUGGUUCGACACCAAGGUCGCGCAAGUUUUGGCCGCUGCUGAGGCUUCUACGAAGCGAUACAAAGAGGGGCGCCCACUGGGGCCUCUUGAUGGUGUUCCUACGGCUGUGAAAGAUGAGUACGAGAUUGACGGAUACCGGACCUGUCUCGGCUCAAGGAACGAUUACACUACGCAGGCCGAACCUGGCCAGUCCAUCACAAGCUGGUGCGUUAGAAAGUUGGAAGAUGCAGGCGCUGUCGUUCUUGGGAAGCUGUCUAUGCACGAAUUCGGACUUGACACAACCGGAAACAACCCAAUUUACGGAACGCCGCGAAACCCUUACAACCGCGGCUACUACACUGGUGGAAGCUCGUCAGGAGCCGGAUAUGUUGUUGCGACUGGCUUGGUUCCCGUAGCCCUCGGUAGCGACGGCGGUGGCAGCAUCCGCAUUCCCUCGUCCAUGUGCGGUGUUUACGGCCUCAAGCCUACCCACGGCCGCGUUUCGUUUCACCCCUGCCCAAAUCACAGCAAUAGCUGCGCAGUGAAUGGCCCCAUCGCCGCAGACAUCGAGUCCCUCGCAACCUACUUCGAAACAAUCGGUGCGCCGCACCCCGAUUCCAACUUCAUCCAGGCGUCCCCCUUCAUCUCCUCCCCUAGCGAGAAGCGCGGCAAGAUUCUCGGUAUCCCCGAGGCCUGGUUCGGUCAGGCGGACCCGGCUAUUCAGCGCAUGUGCAGAGCCAUGAUCACGAAACUAGUCACGCAGCAUGGAUACACCACCGUCCCUAUUGAUAUCCCGUUCUUGGUUGAAGGCCAGUUUGCGCACGCCAUGACCGUUCUCACCGACGGUGCCGCCCUCCUCCCGGAGACCAAGAACCUCACACCCGCGAAUCGUAUCCUGCUCGCGAUUGGACGUGUUACAUCCGCCAUGGACUACCUUCUCGCGCAGAAGCUCCGCGGUCUGCUCAUGUCACACCUUGCGCACCUCUGGCGCAUGUACCCCGGCAUGAUCAUCGUCACCCCCACGACUGCCUGCGCAGGCUGGCCUAUCAUGAGCAAGGGUGAGUUGGCCUACGGCUUGAGCGACGGCGACCGCACCAUCAGGUCGAUGGAGUACGUAUGGAUGGGCAACUUCUGCGGACUCCCGGGCGUCACGGUUCCAGCGGGCUACGUCGUGCCACACGAUCAGCCAGGUGCCGGUGGCGAGGCUGGUCCCGAGACAUUGGGCAAGGUUCCCAUUGGGCUUAUGGGCAUGGGCGAGUGGACGGAUGAGCACAGCCUCCUCGAGUUCGGGCUCGACGCUGAAGAGCUGUUCGCAAAGGAGCGUUGCAGGCCGCCAACCUGGGUUGACGUCAUUCAGCGGGCCAAGGAUGACAUGGCAAAGACCGGGGAGGACAGCUUGAUAGACAUUUAG